GCCAUCUCUCUGAUAGUGGUGGAUUUAACUGCUGGCAAAUCUAUUCUCUCCUGUCUUUGACCAGCCGUCAGCUGAUGCAGUCGAACAAAUAGAUGUCACCUUUUAUUUUUGCACUUGUGUUGGACGUUUGUUAUUCUUCUCAGUUUCUAUUUUUAUGUUAAAAAAAUUAAUAAUUGAUUCAAUUUUUUCAUAAAUGUUGAGUUUUCGGAAUCUGUUGCGAUUAUUAAAGAACGCGAACGAAACAAGAUUAUUGCUUUACAACAAGGAGUCGUUGACGUUGAACAAUUUACGUAAGCAAUGCUAAUCUAACAAAUUCUUAUGGCUAUUUGGACCUCCUUGCAAGCAUCCAAUAUCAACCACUACCCAGUCUACUUUGCAACUCUAGAUAUAUGUCGAAAACAAAGUUUAUGUUAACAGAAGUUGAUGGCGACCUCUUCAGUGCCCCAGAGUCACAUUCGUUAGCCCAUUGUGUGGCAGCUGAUUUUGGUAUGGGCGCCGGAAUUGCAGUGAAAUUUAAGCAAAUCUAUGGACAAGUUGAUGAACUACUAUCGCAGGGAGUACAAAGUGGCGGGGUCGCUGUACUCAAAGAUAAUCAGAGAUUCAUAUACUACUUGGUAACCAAAAAACAAAGUUGGGACAAACCGACUUAUGAUACAUUAAGAAGUUCACUGGAGGCAAUGCGAGAACACAUGAAAUCUAACAAUGUUGAAAAUUUGGCUAUACCUCGUAUAGGAUGUGGUAUCGAUGGCCUCGAAUGGAAUAAAGUAAUUGCUGAACUACACAAGGUUUUUUGUAACGAACAUCUACACAUUGUAGUUUAUAAUUUUGUUCCAAAGUAAAAAUAUAUAUUUUUCCACUGGAUACAGCAGUUUAUCCGAAUUUUAUGAAACGUAUGAUUGUAAAUUCCAAUGUUUAAAUUAAAAAUGUAAAAGAGAUCGUAAAUAACAAAUUCUGUUCAAGCUGUUAUAUGGAUAACAAGCUGGCCCGGUCGGCGUUGCCGGCAAGUAAAGAUCGCUAUUUAAUACCGUAUUGCGCACUCAUUUCAUUUUUUGUAUUAUUCAUUUAGAAUUCUAAACAAUAAAAAAUGAACACUUCAAUAUAGUAUAUGAAA